AUGGCACAAUUACCUCCCAAGAUUCCAAACAUGUCAUUACCAAGUUGGUCAGAUUUUUCAACUCAUCAAAAAAAUAGUAUGACAACAUCCAUUUCAGCCAACAACAUUGUCUUCAACAACAACGUUAGCACAAACAAUUAUCAACAGAAUCAAAACCCUUCAUGGGUGGACGAGUUUCUCGACUUCUCCACCGCUAGGCGGGGAGCUCACCGUCGUUCCGUGAGCGAUUCCGUUGCGUUCCUAGAAUCACCAUUGCUUGAUGAUUGUCAAGGGAAGCAUGGUGAAAACAAUAUUAAUGAUGACGACAACGAGUUCGACAAGUUUGAUGAUGAACAGUUUAUGUCCAUGUUCAAUGAUGAAAUAGCUGGUGUCCAUAAUAUGCCACCAAUAUUGUCGUCGUCGAACGCUUCGAGUCCUUCUGAUCAGAAUUUUGUCAACAAUGAGAAUGAGAAUGCGAUGAUAAAUAAGGAAGAGAAGAAGGAAAAUGAUUUGAGAGAGAUGAAGAAAGAGGAAGAUUAUGAGAAGCAAUUGAAAAGUGAACCUGAGGAGGUUGAAAGCCAAUGCAAACAGGAAAAUUCACAGCCUCAAAAUAACAACAAUGCAUCUUCUUCUAGCGACAGAAUCACCGAUCCUAAGAGAGUUAAAAGAAUCUUGGCGAAUAGGCAAUCCGCGCAACGAUCGCGAGUGAGGAAGCUGCAAUACAUAUCAGAGCUUGAACGAAGUGUAACUUCAUUGCAGGCUGAAGUUUCAGUGCUUUCUCCAAGAGUUGCAUUUUUGGAUCAUCAACGUUUGCUUCUAAAUGUUGACAAUAGUGCUCUCAAGCAAAGAAUUGCAGCUCUUGCUCAAGACAAGAUUUUCAAAGAUGCACAUCAAGAGGCACUGAAAAGGGAGAUAGAGAGAUUAAGACAAGUAUAUCACCAUCAAAACCUCACAAAGAAUGAAAAUGCAACAGGUUCACCUUUACCAUCUCCAUCACAAAAGCCAUUAUGUGAUCCUCAGCAAGAAAAUGAACAACUUCUCAAUGGAAACACAUGUGCAGCUGUGGCAUCAAAAGAAAGGGUGGAAGAAACAGUUGUGUCUGCUUUAACUUAA